UCCAAAAAGAACAGUUCGUAUAAUAUGAAGUGAAAUUUGUUGAAUUAACUUCAAAUUAAGAAUCGAAUGUGUUAUUUUUUUACGUAAAUAACAGUUUUGUCUGUUUAUGUCUUAAAGUAAAUCUAAAUGUAACAGAAAUCAUAAUAAUACAACAAAAGACAAACAUAGAAUGGCGUUAAUCAUGACAAGAAAGGGAUUUAUUAAAAGAAACUAGGGUGUGAAACUGGAUUUUAUAACACACACGUACAGACCUGGAUGUUGGACUAAGUAGAAAUGGACGCACAGCUUGUUGAUUCCAAGAGGAAAAUUCUGUCAAGAUUUUUCUUCAGUAAACUGAUGCUCGUGGGAUUAUUUGUAUUCAUUUUGCUGCUUCUACAUCAUGCUGCGAUACCUAUAUUAGUAGGAGAAAGCCGAACGGUUCUCAUUCAACCCAAAAUAUCAUAUGCAGACUCCAAAGUUCGAAUGACGCUCAAGAAAAACUAUAAAAUUGAAACUGAAGGAGCUAUAUACAGAACAGAAGAUAUGUCCAUGAAACAUCACGAAACAAAGUACAUAAACAAAACGAAUUAUCUUAGUGCUGGGGGUAGGAGACUGAAAGAAUCGAUAUAUUACGGAAAGGACGACGGAAGUGAUUAUAUCAAAACUAAAUAUAUAAUGCACAAGUUGUUAAAUGAAAACGGACAAAACCUUUCAGCGAGACAACGUGCAAAUCUUGUCAAGGAAAGAUGUCAAAUAUUUCUGAAAGAAAACAAUUUACGACUUAAUCCCAAUACAAAAUGUAACUUCGAUCGCGAAUACAUGGUUAGUCGAAGUUAUAACUUAACCAUUUGCUACAACUGUAAAGUGGCUUCGACCAACUCAAAACGCGUUCUUUACGUUCUCGACCACAACUUUACUGGCGACAUCAAUAAUCUCACAGUGCUCAUGGUAGGUAUAUACGGUAGGAAGUGCAUGAACUAUUUCCAGCAAAUUAUGUCUCAGAAACACCGCAUCAGUGUAAUGAUGGUCAGAGAACCACUAGAAAGGUUAUUAUCUGCAUACAGAGAUAAACGUCCUUAUACGGGGAACUUUAAAAACCCUUCGUUUUCAUUUAAAAAAUAUUUGAAACUUAUUUUAGAUGAAAAAAUGAAUAAAAUGAACAGGCAUAUUUAUCCAUAUUUUGAAAGGUGUCGGCCAUGUGAAAUGCAAUAUGAUUUUAUUGGAACCCCUAACCAUUUUAAAGAUGAUAUUGAAACAGUGUUACAAGAGAUCGGUGCCAGUGGAAAAGUUGUUCUUCCAAAAAGAAAUGAGACGGGUUAUACUUCUAAAUCAAGUGAUCAACUGGUUAAACAGUAUUUCAGCAAAGUUCCAAAUGACAUGAUACACAAAUUGUGGGAGAAAUAUUAUAAAGACUAUUACAUAUUUGGAUUCCCUUAUCCAUUACAUCUUAUGCACUGAUGAAACUCGAAGUUCCAAUGUUUCUCCGAAGCGCCAAGUUUGAAAGAAAUAUCUCGUAAGAGAGGUUAAGAUGAUAAUAAUCAAAUUAACUUGGAAUCCCUUAUCCAUCACAUCUUCUGCACUGAUAAAACUGGAAGUUUCAAUGUUUCACCAAAGCGCCCAGUUUCAAAGAAAUAUUUCGUAAGAGAGGUUAAGAUGAUAAUCAAAUUAACUUUUAGGCAUUUCUUGCCAUUAAAAGAUAGAUCAUAUAUCCCAAAUGUUUAAACGAUAAGCAGAAAUAUUGUUUAUAGUAAAGAUAGAUAAAAUUAUUGUUUGGAAAAAAAAAUGAGUACAGGAAGGGUUUCUAAAAAAGUGGUUUAUAUAAUCCUACUCAAUCCUCUAUGUUUCUAUGUUUGUAAAACUGUAACAAUUGUAACUUUAUCAAUAAAUACUGUACAAGUU